AGAUUCAUUGACAAACAACACUGCAAUUGCGCAACAUACCAGUCUUCAAUAUAGCAGGAGCAGUUUCUUGUCUCGGAGAGGUCAACCCGGAAAUAGCGGCGCAGUUAGAGCGCGUCCUUGGUAUGCCUUGGGCGUAUCUGAGCGCGUCCGUGGCGUAUUUGCUUCUUGAUACAGUGGAUCUGGUGCCUGGUGCCUACCCAAACGCCUUGUAUUCCCAACGCUCACCUAGCGCCACCGGAAUGAGGACACAGGAAAGUCUCCUGUGUAGUCGGCGCUUUCUGAGCGCAAAAAGAUGUCAAAAGCGUCUGGACUCUCCAGUAUGUGCCACAGUUUGACGAGUGGCUGUGAUAUAUUGAUGUCUGCCGUAGAACAAGCCGGCGUAUUUUCCUAAGCAGCGGGAGACUCUACGUGUCGCCCAGUCCAAUUCAAGGCGAUAUGUUGUCGAACAUCGCAAGAAUCUGCAUAAAUCUGCUAAUCGCUUUCACGAGGGAAUGUGUGGUAAUGUCGAGGAAACACUAAUUUUGCUUCCUACCAUUAAAGUUCAAUUGGAUGGAUCGAAGAAAAAAUUCACGAGCAAAAAUCCAUAAAGUUAAACAUAGAUCCAGCCCGAAAUCUAGAGGGAUG